AUGCCUUUUAACAUGCUCACCUUGACCGGUCAUCAAUGCCUGGACAUCGUUUUUGCGAUUUCCCUUCUGUGUUGGGUAGAAUGUAGCCCCACUCAGCAGGAAGAAAUGGCUCCAACCGAAGUACAGUUUCAAUCUUUGGACUUCCGAAAUGUCUUACAUUGGAAACAUCAGCACAAAGCUUCCAAGAACUUGAAAUAUUUUGUUCAGCAUAAAAUACAUGGAGACAAAGAGUGGAGCAAUUCCAAACAUUGCCAGGGCAUCCAGACGCUACAGUGUGACCUGACACAGGAGACAUCGGACCCCAGAGAAUGGUACUACGCCAGAGUCCGCUUGCUCUCCUCUCAGGGCUUCUCUUCAUGGGUCCUCAGCCACAGGUUCUACCCUCAAUGGGAAACCAACUUCAGCCCACCGCAAAUAAAGGUUACUGUGGCAGGAGGACAUACCGUUAAAGUUCAGAUCAAACCUCCGAGAACUCCACUGAGAGGGCACAACGGCAACAGGAUACGAGUGACAAAACUGCACAAACUCACCUUCAGAAUCUUUCUGAUGCACAAUGAUGUAGAAGAGGAAGUUCAUGAAACAGACAGUUGCUCCAAGGAACUUGUAAUUGAGGGGCUCCGUCCGAAAACCACCUACUGCCUCCAGGCUCUGUCCGUCACUCCUCGCUCGGGCCGCAUAAGCUCGCGGAGUCCCAGGACCUGCAUCACCACUCACUGAGGGUUAAUAGUGGCUCCCACAGGGUAAGGUUGCCUCUGGAUCUUUGUUUGACUGAAAAUUACUCUACGCACACACACUACCUUGAAGAAUGUCUGAAAAUGUUCACUAACGUCAUGUUUACUACAAACCUGGCCUUGCCUUUGGGUUACAUUUAAAGCUGAAGUGUGUAAUUUCUGGACCAUAAAAGGGAAUGGCAAAAAUAAUGAGUGUUUACACACUGGUUUCCUUUCAGUGGUUGGACAAACUCAGCUCACACCACUGGUUUGAGCCAAUAGCAGUACACAAAGAGUCAAAAGAAUUCCAAGAGUGCUGUAGGAAAUUAAUAAAUGACUUAUUUGUGUUAUUCAGUAUUAAAUUAGGCUAAUUAACGUUAAAAUAAAAACACAUUUCAUGCUAAUGACUGGUCAAAAAUAGCAUGAACUAAUAGUCUUUAGAAACUGAACAAUGGACAAUAGUUAAACAAUACAAUGCACAACAUUCACUCUUCAAAAUACAUAGAUAUAUAGACUAGAUAUCGUAUACGGAUGCGUCAAUAGUGCCGCCACAUUUGUACAGUGCUCCCAGGACAAAUGUCCUUCAACCGCACUAGUCAACCGCAAAGCCAAUGUGAAAAUGCUGGACUGCGGACGGCUGUAGUAACGAGCAAACAAAAAAAAAACAAA